AUGGCUGACGAUCAACGGCCGAUAGGUCUGCUGUUCGACAUUGGAGGAGUUGUCUCCCCCUUUCAGGCUAUUCUGGACUAUGAACUGGCCCACAACAUCCCCCCAGGAUGGGUGAACUUCAGUAUUUCUCGUACCUCACCCAACGGCAGCUGGCACAGACUCGAGCGCGGGGAGAUCAAGAUGGAUGCCGACUUCUUUAAGGAAUUUAACAAGGAUCUACGAAACCCUGACUUAUGGAAGGCGUUCCACGAGAGACUUCAGAAACAGCGCCCGGAUAGUGCGCCAACAUCGGUUCCUCCAUUACCCGCCCUGGACGCAGAGUUCCUCUUCUGGGAGAUGAUGAGGGUGUCUAGGACGCCGGAUCCAUAUAUGUUCCCUGCUCUGAAAAAAUUGAAGCAGUCGGGAAAGUUCGUUAUGGGAGCUCUGUCAAACACAGUGAUAUUCCCCGAUGGACAUCCAUACAACACAGACAUUGAUGACAAGAAGUCGCAAUUUGACUUCUUCAUCUCAUCUGCGCAUACCGGUCUCAGGAAACCGGACGGGAAAAUAUAUCAGGUUGCGCUGCAAGAGAUGGAAAACGUAGCAAGGAAGAAGGGUCUAGGCGGUAUUCGCCCUUCUGACAUUGUGUUCCUUGAUGACAUUGGAGAGAACCUUAAGGGCGCAAAGAAAGCCGGCAUGCGAACCCUGAAGGUUAAUCUGGGACGGACCCAGGACGCUGUGAAGGAGCUGGAGAGGAUGACCGGCCUUCAGUUGCUAGAAACUCCAGAAAAACCCCGGCUGUAA